AUGUCCUCAAACAAUACGUCGCAACAUUCUGCGGCCGAUUCUGCCUCGGGUCCCGGUCUUCAAGGAUCCCGAACCUCGGACCCGCCCACCGAUUCUGACUGCGAAAACCCGGGCCCAGACCGGCAGCCACAACAAGUAACACAGUCGCAAUCACCUACCCCGGGUUCACGCCAUCGCGAUGUUGCACCCCGAGAUUUUGUCCGCCUCUUCCAAUGUCAGAUUUGUUCAUUGCCCCUCAAUGAGCCCAUCAGUCUCCCAUGCGGCAAGAGCUUGUGCAGGCGCUGUUUACCAGAUACUCAUCUGCGCGCCAAUAUAACAUACCCUGCUGCUCGUGAUCGACUUCGCGGAUUCCGAUGUCCAUUCGACGACUGCGGCAAAGAUCAUGCUCUUGACGAUUGCGCCGUCGAUGUGGUUCUCAAUAAAACCGCCCAGCAUGUGAGGGAAGAAAUCGAGCUUUACAAGCGCGAGUCAUCGACUACGGAGUUGUCGACAAGAAUCAUGUGGCAGGAUCCAUGGGCCGCCGCAGGUAUUGCCUCCAUGCGGAAUGAUGACGGCGCAUAUUCAAAGGUUCUGCCGGGUGGAAAGGUCAUAGCCACGUUUCGUUUGGCAGAAGAGGGCGAUUUGUCGUACGAAGCUGAUAUUGACUAUGACGAGAUCAUUUCGGCCACCCCGUCACCACCCCUCGAUACCGAUGAUACAGGUCUUGUUAGAAAAGCACAAGAUGCCACUCGUGCUGAAAUGGACUGUCAAGUCUGCUAUGCACUUUUCUACGAUCCUCUCACAACUACCUGUGGACAUACUUUCUGCCGGUCUUGUUUACAUCGUAUCCUCGACCAUUCGCGGUAUUGUCCUAUAUGCCGUCGUCCACUCGCCAUCAGCCCUUUACUUAAUCAAACCAUGUCGCCAUCCAAUCAGACUAUCAAGCGAAUUAUCGAAACCUUUUGGUUGGAGGAAGUAAAUGCGCGGAAAGAAGCACUGGACGCUGAACGUACUGCGCAAAUGCAAGACCAUGAUACCUCGCUUUUUAUUUGCACCUUGUCGUUUCCUCACAUGCCGACGUUUCUACACAUCUUCGAGCCAAGGUACAGACUCAUGAUUCGAAGAGCAUUGGAAGAAGGACAUCGCACAUUUGGUAUGGUAAUACCAAAACGACGGCAGUAUCCUGGGGAUACUGAUUUCCACGAGCUGGGCACCUUGCUCAGGAUUGUGAACAUCCAAUUUUAUCCUGAUGGCCGCAGUCUCGUAGAGACGGUCGGUCUCUCACGCUUCCGUGUUCUCGAACAUGACUUCCUUGACGGAUACAUGGUCGGCAAAACUGAACGAGUCGAUGAUGUCAGCCUUGAGGAUGAAGAAGCUGCUGAAGCAGCCGAAGCAAGCCCCAUGGAGUCCGAGUCUGACCCAAUGCUGGAGGGUGAUAAGGAAUCUUCAGAGCAAACAUCACCAUUGCCGCGUUCCAAUUCAUCCAGUCCACGUAUGCCAACAUCGGUGGCCGACAUUGAUACAAUGUCAACACAAAGUUUGAUGCACUUUGCGUCGUUCUUCGUCAAUCGCAUGCGCGAGCAAAGUGUACCAUGGUUGACGGAACGAAUGUUGACUAUAUAUGGCGAAUGCCCAGAAGACCCUGCUAUCUUCCCUUGGUGGUUUGCUAGCAUGCUGCCAGUCAAGGACAUUGAAAAAUAUCGACUCCUGGGAACGUCCAGUGUACGUGAGCGUCUCAAAAUCUGCUGCACAUGGAUUGUGGAAUGGCAGAUGGCCCGAUGGUCUUACCACGGCUGCACGAUCCUCUGA